AUGCCAAAUUGCAAUUGCUAAACCUGACCUGAUAAAUUCAAGUCGUUCAUGCCUUGUGAGUUUUGAUAAAAAAAAAAUGAAAUAUCUAUAGCACAAGUUAAACUCGACCAAAUUUACAGUGGCUUUAAUUAAUUAAAUCAAAUGUGUAAGACCUUCAAUUUGCCAUGUGGUGAUCAAAAAGUUUUGCACAUUAAGUCAAGUCAAUUAAAUUACUCCAAUAAAAUUUUCUCAUUUUUUUUAAAAAAAAAAAAAUAAUUUUUUUGAAAAUGUUAAAACGUAAUAAUUUAAAAUACAUAGUAUUAGCUUUAGUUACACUUGUUUGCUUUCAUUGGGUAUUAACGGUAACUAAUCCCAAGUCAAGUUAUUCUAAAUCAUGGUCAGGGUUGUCGGAAUCUGAAAUUAACGGUGAAAUACUAUUACAAGAUGACAUUAACAAUACCACUUCAUAUCAAAUUGGAAAAGCAAAAGCUUGUUUUGUUAUAUUGAUAAGAAAUGAUGAUUUACAUGACUUUAGAUGGACUAUGAGACAACUUGAAGAUAGAUUCAAUCACAAAUAUAAUUAUCCUUAUGUAUUUUUAAAUGAUGUUCCUUUUACUGAGGAAUUUAAGAAAUUGACCAGUGCUCUUACUAAAGCUAAAACUGAAUAUGGUUUAAUCCCACCCGAACAUUGGAAUAUACCAAAAGAUAUUGAUAUGGAAGUUGUUAGGAAAAAUAUGGAACAGAUGAAACUUGAAGAUGUUAUAUAUGGUGAUAGUAUACCUUAUCGUCAUAUGUGCAGAUUUGAGACAGGAUUUUUCUUUAGACAUGAAUUGUUAGACAAAUACGAUUAUUAUUGGCGUGUGGAGCCUAACGUACAAUUUUAUUGUGAUAUCGAUUUUGAUCCUUUCAUGUAUUUAAAAGAAAAUGAUAUUAGAUAUAGUUUUGUUAUAUCAUUAUACGAAUAUCCAAAGACGAUUCCAACAUUAUGGAACUCUGUUAAAGAAUUUAUGGAAAAAUACCCUGAUUAUAUUGAAAAAGACAAUUUAGUAGAUUUUAUCUCAAAUGAUGGGGGUGAAAAUUUUAAUUUAUGUCAUUUUUGGUCAAAUUUCGAAAUUGCGGAUUUAAAUUUAUGGAGAAGCGAAGCAUAUAUGAAAUUUUUCGAUUUCCUUGAUAGAAAAGGUGGAUUUUUUUAUGAACGAUGGGGAGAUGCACCGGUACAUUCAAUAGCCGCAGCAUUAUUUUUGAAAAAACAUCAAAUUCAUUUUUUUAAUGAAAUUGGUUAUAAACAUGAACCAUUUAUGCAUUGUCCAGAAGAUGCAUCUCUUCAAUUAAAAUGUCAUUGUAAUCCAGAUGACAGUUUUGAUUUUCAAGGUUAUAGUUGUACUAAAAGAUUUCUUGAAUUAAAAGAGUAUUGGAAUGUUACUGCAAUUAAAAAUAGAGGAUAAUGUUUCAAAAUUUAUAAAUUUAUUGUAUAAUUAUUAGUGUAUUUUAAUUUCUACUGUAUUUCAUAAUUUAACUAAUAUUUUAAAAAGCUAAUUUUUCUGAAUAGAACGUUGAUUAUUUCUUUAUUAAUAAAAGUAGUACAAUUUUAAUAUAUAUAUAUA